ACCUCUCCCCGUGAUUCUACGCGUCUUCGCCAUGCUCUUCAUCCGCUCUCGACGACGUCCUUAGCGGGCUACGGCAACCAGCUCGUCUCGCCCAUCUCGGCUGUGUCCAUGGCCUCAUCUCAUGUCCAGUCCAUGCACACGCCAGCCAGCGCCAUCAUGCCGUACAACCCACAAGAAUGGGUGGCAUCGCCAGCGGCCAUGCCGACGACAGAACGGCCUCUGACAUUUGAAAUGACAGCUUCUCUAGCAGCCCCCCCCCCACCUCCGCCUUAUAGCCCUCCAAGGAGGAACAUACAGCAGCAGCCUCGACCUCUCACCAUGGCGUUCGACUACUCACCAGCGCAAAUAGCUAGCGCUCCCCCUUCAAGGUUUUCUACCCUGCUGGGCCAGCGACCCUCUCCUGAGCCACCAGUUGCUGCUACGCGCCCAUUCCCUCCGCCACCGGGUUUGAGCGGUAGGGGAAGCUCUCGAGAGCGUCUUCUUGCGCUGGCAUCCUUGGGACGACGAAGAGACCCUGGACCAUCGCAAUCUCCAGAGCCAGCUCAUCCUGUAUCUGCUUCUAGACGGACCGGUGGGCCCUCCGUGUUCCAUUCACCAGAACAUGAACGAGUUAUAUCAGCAACCGCCAUGAACCCUGAUACGUUUCCCCCGGCGGCUCGAAGGGCUGCCUCCACAGGCGCCCUCGAUACGCCGACGUCUGAACGCUCACGGUCUUCUUCUCAGACAAGAUGGGAGCCUGGUAUGCCCCUUCCUCCGCCUCCGCCUGGACCACCGCCUUCGUCGAGCAGAUCGCAAAGCGUACAAAGCAUGGACAGAAACAAUGUACCCAUUAUUUCUCCGCCAACUCGCAGACCACCGCCGUCCGGCGUGUCAUCUCUGGGGCCCGUGCCUCCAACGCCAGCCGACUGGCUAGAUAGCGACACGCCACCCACUACUCGACCUCAGCCUCCAGCAACUCCGGGACACCUACAGCCUACUGCGCCUGCGAGGAAUGGGGAGCCGUCACAAUCACUGCAGUCACCACAAUCCAUUCAACAACCGGCCUUGAAUUCUUCUGGCAGCUUGAAUCGUGCCAAAGCCGUGCGUCAUGACAAGACAAUCUUACAGCGAAGAACUGAGAGCCGCACUCGACAUGAGCCCCGGGGGUCCCUUGAUAGUUCGUUGGACGCACGACAGAUUGCCGAUAUUGUUGUUGUUCCUGCGCCCAUCAGCGGCCUAACACGCAAAAUGACCACCGGCAAAGCAACUCCUCGGAGCAGUGGGAAAGCGCCUAUGGACCAACCCCUGACCGGAGAAUCUAAUCUAUCUGGACAGCAUGACUCUCGGAACUCGACUCCCCGUGCACCAGAUUCGGCCACAUUACUGCACCGUGAAGUAGCUACACCUCCUUUUUCGCCAACACCAGCCAAGACCUACCGGCAAUCUAGCGGAAACCAAGCUGCGGUGCCGAAAUCUCUACCUACUCCGCCACCCCAGGCCAGGUCUAGUUCUGGAUCAGCGGUUGCUGAGGCAUCACGCUUGGCUUCGUCCAUAGCGGCGUCUCCAUCAAAGGAAGCCAUUGUGAGCCAGAGCGCUGCAGAGUUUGCAACUGCAUCAAUCGAGAGAUUUCGGUCGUUUGCCGUUAAAGAAGCGUCGGCCACAACAGACGCAGAUCGAGUCCGCCUCUUUUCCGACUUUAUAGUUGCCGAGUCUAGAAUCCGACGAGAGAGAUACUCCUCAGCUAUUGGGGCCAUGGGAUCCGAAAUCUUCGACUUGAGUCGGGAUCUAUUCCGUCCAAUGAGCUCCACGCGACGAGAGUCGGUGAACUCUCCAUCUGUUGGCGACUGGACUCCAGAGUCUUCGGAACCAAAUCGGUCUCAUAGAGGCUCUGUUAGCUCCGUCUAUCAAGCCGAGGACUCAUCAAGCUCAGCUCCGGCGUCUGGGAGUCUCCCGCCAUCCCCCGGGAUCAAGCAACCUCUCAACUGGGGCGGCGCUGCAAACUAUAUGCCCUCAUUGUCUCCUAUUCUCAGUAUGAGCGUCAGCGACAACUACGAAAACGGAAGCUCGCGUGGCAGACCACCUAGUCGAUGGUGGGAGACGGAUUCAAAUAACGAUCCAAACCGGGGUGGGUUUGAAAGAUCUAAGCGCGAGUCCAAAUAUAUGGGCGUUCUUCCCAAGGACCAGUGGAUCGAAGAGGAGCAAACUACACCGCAUUAUGCGUCUGCAGGCGAACAAAGCUCCAUGUCGGACUAUCCUCCAGAGAAGACUGGCUGGCAUGACGAGGGAGAGGCAGUAUGGACUCCUCAACCGUCGAAUACCUCUGUAGCAUCUACUCCGUCUACAGCAACAAAUCGGCAGAGGCUUUUAGAUGUGUCUAGACUGGUCACCAUGCCGCCCCCUUACCCGAGACACCACCCCGCAGUGAAUAACAGCCACCCCAAGCUAACAUCAAUUCGUGCUUCCGUACGAUCUUUGAGCGAGCUGGGUGAGAUUGACGGGUCAAAAGAGAGAUUUGCCUCAAGCAGUCAUCGACGCAGAGAAGAGGCUUCCAAAGCAGCAGGAGAGCGCCGCGUGGCUUUGAGAUCUAACUUGCAGAAAGAAAUCAAUUCGGGAAAUUUGGGAUAUGCUGAUGCCGCAGCUAUUGAAUCUGACUUUAAUGAACAAGAAAAGGAUAAAAAGAAGGAGGUGGAAAAAGUGGAAUAUGAACAUUUCCAGAACCAAGUAGUGUUGCCGCUGAAUGAUAUUCUUAUGGAGCGAAUCACUCGAGCGACAGAGCUAUUUGACGACUUGGCCCGACAUCUAUUCGACAGCAGCGAGAUCGAUGCCGACAUGCCGCAAGAAGAAGGCGAUGACAAACCGGAGCUGCUGGAGAAGUUGACUCUCCUCAAGUGGAUAUUUGAGCAGCGCGAGUCUCUGCACCGGGCCAUUUACGACUUGCUAUCAGACCGCAAUGCUCGUUAUCGCGACGUUGUGUUGACGCCGUACCGGCUUUCCAAGAAUUCAGAGAAACUCAAAUCGGCCGAGGCAUUCUUCAAAGAAGACGCAGACAAGCGGGAGUACGCAUUCGCAAAUGAGGUACUGGACCGAGCACGCGAAUUUAGGUCCGUGAUGGAUGAGGCGGUUGCACGCGGCAUCGAGCUGCAGCUUUCUGCCUUUUGGGAUAUUGCCCCUCCGCUUUGCGGACUUUUGGAGACUAUUCCAUUGGAUCUGGAGGGAUUUUGCGUCCAUAUUCCAGCGUUGGAAUACGAAGAGAACCCGGCGUAUCAUGACCACCCGCUGCAGUACUUGUAUAGCUUGUUACUCCAUGCUGAGAAGAGUACAUAUCAGUUCAUUGAGGCACACACAAACCAGUUGUGUCUUCUUCACGAGGUCAAAGAGGCAGUGGUCAACGCCAAGGCUCGAGUGCUUGCCACACAGCUCACUGAAGUAGACGGCACACCUAUCCAGCCUGAAGAUCGACAGCUGCGAGCCAAGCAGAUGCGAGAGAUUGAAAACCGGCGGUUGACAGAGGAUCUCAAGGAAAAAGUGCGAGUUGUACAGGACCAGUGGAACAGCUCACUGGGAACAGCCAUGACGGCAGUGAAGGAGCGGGCCGGCGAGUGGCUGCUGCAGACGGGAGGAUGGGACGAGUCACUGGAGGACAAUGGGGUUGGAGUGGUGUAG